GUAUGUCGCAAAUUAUUUGGAAAUAAUUCGAUGACAAGAGAAAAUUGUGAAAUUAAUCAUUUAAUAUCGUGAAAACUUUUACGAAAUGUCGUUUUUCGGGGUUGGAAAUCCAUUUGCUACGCCAGUUGGCCAAAAAAUAGAACAAGCUACUGAUGGAUCCCUGCCAUCGGAAAACUGGGCGUUGAACAUGGAGAUAUGUGAUAUAAUAAACAGCAGUCCCGAUGGCCCGAAAGAUGCAGUCAAGGCGAUUAGAAAGCGGUUAACUCAGAGUGCUGGCAAAAAUUAUACAAUUGUCAUGUACACUCUUACUGUGCUGGAGACUUGUGUGAAAAAUUGUGGCAAAAACUUCCACUAUUUAGUUUGCAGCAAGGAUUUUAUAUCUGAACUUGUAAAACUCAUUGGGCCAAAGAAUGACCCUCCCACCGUGGUACAAGAAAAGGUCUUGGGCCUUAUACAGUGUUGGGCUGAUGCCUUCCAAAAUCAACCUGAUCUGCAGGGUGUGGGUCAAGUGUACGCUGAGCUUCGGGCCAAAGGUGUGGAGUUCCCGAUGACGGAUCUCGACGCGAUGGCCCCGAUCUUCACGCCACAAAGGAGUGUCCCUGACGGUGUGGAGUCAGGGUCGCCCCCGGCGGCCGCGCCCGGCUCGCCGGCCAGAGCCGUACACGAGAACAACACCGCAUCCGUAUCGCUGUCGGACAGUCAGACGAGCAAACUGCGCGCGGACCUGUCGGUUGUGGAGGGCAACAUGACCGUCAUGAACGACAUGCUCAAUGAACUCACUACGCAGCCUUACGACCAGCACCAUGAUAGUGAUAUUGAGCUGCUCAAUGAGCUGGCCAGCACGCUGUGCGCGAUGCAGGAGCGCGUGGCGGAGCUGGUGGGGCGGCUGGCGGACUCCCCCCUCACCGCAGACCUGCUGCUGGCCAACGACCGCCUGCACAGCCUGCUGCUCCGACACAAGCGGUUCCUCAGCAACAGGAACGCAGCGACGAAUGGCGCGACGCCGUCCGCCAUCUUGGGCGCCGCCAUGGGCGUGCCCGGCACUGCGUCGCCAAAGAAAGAUGACGACGCACUGAUUGACCUCAGCGAUGAUGUGCCGGAUAUGGCCAAACUGAGCGUGAAGGAGGUUGCGGCGGAUAAGUCACCGGGCAGCAAGGACGAGUUUGACAUGUUCGCGCACUCCAGGAACCUCACAUACGAAAACACUAGGACUGGCGGCAGCAGCUACGCGGACAACGCGGAGGAGCAGGCGUCGGGGCUCGCCGCCGUCGCCGGACAACGACCCCUCCAGGGCGCCGCGCUGCCCACGGGAAUGGAUCAAAGGGAAUUCGAUGAAAUAUCCGCUUGGUUAGAACAGGAAAAGGCGUCCUCAGAAGCGAACGCUCAGGAGAGCGUCACAAGCAGCGAUUUCGACAAGUUCUUGGCGGAGCGAGCCGCUGCUGCCGAGAGCCUCCCCUCCGCCUCACCCCCCGGGAACCCAGCCCCCGGCAACCCUGGGAACCCUACCCCCACCGCGACCCCCAGACACCGCCAGAUCAAGAAGGAGGAGGACUCCAUGUUUGCACUCUGAUGUGUUGGAAAGUAGAAGAAUGUCUCGAAAUGUGUCGCUUCGGUAUGGCUGUACUCACACUGUGGCAUCGGGCAUGUAUGUACCAUAGAAGAAAUUGAUUCACAGGCAGUUGGAGUUGUCGGACCUACGUCAUUUGG